CUUAGGUUGAAUUUUGUUCAAUUCAUAUUUACUACAUUUUAUUGUCUUAGAGUUAGAUGUGAUUGGGUAUGUAUUGAGUCUAAUAUAUUAAGAUUGAUUGUAAGUUAGGCCGAUUCAAAUAAUUGUCUAAUACUGGAUGAAUAUUGAUUGAUCAAAGGUGGUGGCAGGGGUGAGAAAAAAAAAACUUACGUUAUUUGUGGGCAUUGCAAAAAGAGCCAAAUCGGGAAAAGAAAACAAAAGUUCCGUCGAGAAAGAGACGAAUAACAUAAGAAAGUUGUUGAAUUGAUAUUCUAAAUGGUCUCAUUGCCUGGCCUCCGGGAGAAGCGACAGCGAUUGAUAUUACUCUUAGGCAUAUUCUCAUUUCGCAUCUUCUUCCUCAAGGUUUCUUCUUUCUAAUCUCACUCCUUUUUCAGGGUUUUCUUUUCAUUUUCCUUUAUGUCUCAUUCCCCAUUACUUUACUUGCGGUUGGAGAUUGAACAUAAAUAAAUCAAUUAAUUAUAUGUUGGCAUUGCUUGGAAUUUAAUCUAAACACCCUUAUUAAUUUGAUUGGUAAAUGGUAAUGGUGAUGGAUCUUGAUGGAGGUGGCGACCCUUAUAAGAUGCUACUGAAUGAUCCCAUUCUUUCAAUUGUCGACAACUCUCUUCAUCACUCAAAAUACCUUUUGGCUCCUGCUUCUGUUGCACUCACUGAAGCCUUCACCUGCUUCUCUAAGUUUGCCGGUUCUAUUGUCCUUUUCUUUUCCGGCUCUUCACAAAUUCAAACCAAAUUUAAUUCUGAUUCUAAUCUUCCCAAACCUUCAAAUUCUUUUGGACAAUCCAAACACAAUGCCCCCUCUACUAAGCCUUAUCGCCGUCUGCCUGUUACUGUAUCCUGCUUCAGAUUCCCACAUGAAUCUUUUGCCGCGCUAUUUGGUCAUAAGUUUUCAGCCUUUUCUCUCAGACAUUUUCUUAGAGCAGCAGCUGAUGAUGUUAAACCAUUUCCUGUGCUCUCGCUAGCUGCUGCACUCAUACCCCCACUUGAUCACUUCACUCCUAGCAUGUUAACUAUACCACCUGAGGAUGCUGAUACACAAGUGUUGGCUUCCAUGGACAAAAGCCCCUGCAAUGUUCAGAGUCAUCGAGAUUGUGUUGGUCAUGCAUUUCCUGAAUUUAAGUGGUUGAGAGAUACAGUUGAACCCAAAACUGGCAUUCAGUUUCCUGGUGUUUUAAAUAGCAUAAUAGCCAAGGAUACUCAGUCCAAUUUGUCAUCAGAGGUGCUUGUUGGAAUGGGAUCUAGGAUCAUGACUCUCAUCAGAAUUAAAUCGCUGAAGGUCUAUGCUUUUGGUUUUUAUGUCCAUCCUUCUUCUCUCUGUCAGAAAUUGGGUUCGAAAUAUGGUUCUGUUCCUGAAGUAGAACUCAAAGAACGCAAUGAUUUCUAUGCAGACCUUCUUAGGGAAGAUAUUGGAAUGACUGUUCGAUUUGUAGUUAACUACAGUGGCAUGAAAGUUUAUACAGUCAAAGAUGCUAUUGAGAAAGCUCUUCGGGCUCGUUUAGCUAAGACAAAUCCGGAGACUGAUUUCAAAUGCCUCUCAACAUUUGGUUCUUGUUUCACAAAAGAUAUUCCAUUGCCAGCAGGUACUAUAAUUGACUUCAGAAGAACUGCUGACGGGCAUCUGAUUACCGAAAUUGGAGGCAACCAAAUUGGUGCAGUGCAAAGUAGGGAGUUGUGUAGGGCAUUUUUUGACAUGUACAUUGGAGAAGUUCCUGUCUCAGAGCAAACAAAAGAAGAGAUUGGAAGAAAUGUUGCUACUCUUAUGAGAAGGUGCUAAGCUGAUUACUCUUCUGGAUUAUUAGGAGCCUAAGCCAAGGGUUUCCUGUGCUGCUUGACCCUGCCUAUUACAAAGGGUUCUGAAGUGGCUCGUCUUUAUAUUGAUAUUAUGUUAUCAGUCUACCAGAGUUAAUCCUCCUGUUCAUGAGGCUUCUGGCUUCCAUGUUUGGCGUGCGGUCAAUUAGUCAGCUGUGCCAAGUGUCAAACAUGUGUUAUAUAGUGGAUUUUCCCCCCUAAAUUUCAGUUAUAUACGUAGAGGGGAAACAUGAUGAAGCUAAUAUUAGGAAAACUUUUUAUUUCUAGUUAUAAAAUGACAAAUUGCAUAUCUGCUCUUAAGUUAUUUAAUAGGGAGAAGAUUGUGUGUAUUUUGUUUCCUCUUCCGGCGUUGCCUGAGCUGGUGGAAGUAAUUGGACAGCGGCUGUUAUUAUUCUUCCAAAAGUUCAACGAAAUGAAGAUAUUCGCCUGUCUACUUACACUUACACACUAGGUGAAGGGGAAAGAGCUCCACGCCUCUCUCUCUCUCGCUCUCUCUCUUCCCCUUGCCCUCUCUUUUUCUCUGUCUUAAAAUCCAAACAAAUUGUUAAUUUUAUGCUUAAUAAUGCAUGAUAAACAUUGGCAGCAUGUACUCUUUUACGACUAGUAGUAAUGAUUAGUAGUAAUGUCAAAAUUAUACUUGGUAUA